UCUGAAAAUGACAGCUUUCCUAGUUUCCAUAUCCAUUGCAAUCGCCCUCCUCGCCGCCGCUCAGGCAUGGGAUUACGGAGUUCCCUACUAUCCGGCACCGCACUACUUCGAGCAGCAGCAGCCAUAUGAUCUGCGGUGUCCGCCGUCGGGUCCCGAGAGUCUGGUUUGUGCCGGAGCUCCGGGUGCCCAGCCAUCCACCUUCCCCAGUCUCUGCGAGGUGCAACGUUUCCGCGCCCUAACUGGCAUAAACUGGGAGAUCAUCCACGAGAAUAGAUGCGAAACAUUGGAGGUCUGCCCGGACAACUGCCAGGAUCAGUACAGUCCGGUGUGCGGAAAGUACAAGGACACCAGGCGCAACUUCAGGAGCGAGUGCGAACUGCAGCUGGUCAAGUGCCGCACAGGACAUCCUUGGCGAAAGCAACACGAUGGUCCUUGUGAAAGCAGGUAUCCUGUUCCUCAGUCGCCCCGCGUUCAGAACUACAAUCCCUAUGCGAUUAAUCCUUACCAACCGAACACCCAAGCUCGUGGAGCCUAUGGAGCCCAAGGACCUUACGGCUCUCAAGGACCUUAUGGAUCUCAAGGACCAUAUGGAUCUCAAGCAUCUCACGGAUCUCAAGGAUCUCCUGGAGCCUACGGUCCAUAUGGGCCGCAAUCUCCCCCUCAGCCCUAUCCGCCAAGUUCAUUUGUGUCCCCGAAACCCAGCUAUGAUGCGCCCAUCUAUCAGCCCUAUCAGAUAUCCUGGGAAAAUCUGCCCACCGAGUAUGCCGAAACCCCCAAACCCUAUCCGAAUCCAGCCUAUGAGGCUACACCAACUGCUACUGCCACAACUGCUUAUACAACUUCUUCCACAACUAGUACUACAACUGCUCCCACAACUACUACCACAACUACUACUACAACUGCUCCCACAACUACUACUACAACAGCUCCCACAACUACUACCACAACUACUCCCUCACCUACUACCGCAAAAGUCACAACUACACCUCAACCAGAUGAAUCAGAGACCCCAACUGCAGUUCUAAAUCCCAGGCAGAAUAUAAAGGUGAAUGCUGUGUUCGCACCCGACCAAGAGCCUCAAGAAUCUACAGAGCCCAGUUCCACGGAGCCCAGUUCCACGGAGCCCAGUUCCACGGAGUACAGUGCCACCGCUCCGCCUUUGAAAAAAUACGAAACUACUGCUACUCCCAGACAUGCUACAACCACUGCAAGGCCCGCGAAACCUCCUCUAACGAUAAACGCUGCUCAAGAACCUGAAGAGGAGGCUCAGCAGACUGAAUCGCCAGCAACUGUCAAGUCUUUCAAUGCUUAUAAUUCAUAUUCAGCCAACACCCCCACUGAAGCUCCUGAGGCCGAAGAGAUUACGGAGUCGUCCUUUGGCAAGCUCUUCAAAGUGAAUGAAGUCCAGAUAAGUACUGAGAAGACAACUGAAGAGGCUGAUGAGGCAACGCAGGCCACCACUCCUAAAGCGGCCCCUACUUACCCAUCGUAUCCAACUUAUGCAUCCUCAAAUGCAUAUAAAACUUAUCCAGUCUAUGCUUCAACAGAAGCUUCAGAGGAUGAGGAAGCUACCGAGAAUUCUUUCAACAAGUUGGUCAAAAUAAACAAAGUUGCAGAGAGGACUGAAAAGAAUGAUGAUGAGAUAAGUACUGAGGAGACGGCGACAGAAACUACUACGACAACUAAAGCACCAAAGACUUACGCAUCGUAUCCGACUUAUCCAGCCUCAAAGGGAUAUGCAACUUAUCCAACCUAUAGCACCACUGAAGACCCAGAAGAUGAAGAAGCUCCUAAAGUGGCCAUAGACAAGUUGGUGAAAGUAAAUAAAGUGCAGAUAAGUACUGAGGAGGCGGAAACGGAGCCUAGCACAACCGAAGCGCCAACUACUUACCCAUCAUAUCCGACUUAUCCAGCCUCGAGUGUGUAUAAAACAUACAGCUCCUCUGAGACGCCAGACGAUGAUGAUGAUGACGAUGACGAACAGGACGAGGAAGCCGCAAGAAGUCCAUUGGACAAAGCCUUAAAGAUCAACGCAGUCGCCGAUCCAGAAACCAAUCAGAACACACCAUUGCCAGAAACCUCCAGCGAUUCUGUCUCAGAAGUGGAAAAGAAACCUGAGAUAGAUGCAGAUAGUGUGGCCAAGAGUGCAAAGACUGAAUCUCCAGAAAUGCCAGAAAUUGUCAGGACAGAAAGCGUUAGUAAGAACGGAACGCAGGUCAACUUGGAGGUGACCUGCAAACGAGAGUCCAAGAAACUAAAGCUGGACACAUCGAGCUCCGAUCGAAGCAACAUUUAUUUCAUAUUUUUGGGCUGCUAAACAAGUUGUAUACUGUGU